CAGUCGAUGCUUAGGCUUUAUACUGCUCCAAGUGCCAUUACAUUUUCGUCUCUCGCCUAAACAAUAACACCGAAAAAUAGUAGAUAUUUUUCGAAACGAAAAAAAAUCUUCGCCCGCAUUCCAAACGCAAGUAAUUGUCUCUUGAAAUUUGUUGAUAGAUUUCAAUUGAAGAAAAUGUGCUGUGGUCCCUGUGGAAGCGUUUCUUAUGCCCUGGCAUAUGGUCCGGUUGGACCCGCUCUGCCCGCGAUGAAUUAUAACAAUUGCUGUUGUGGUCCUUGCCCGCCCUGUGGCCCUUGGACCUGUGCACCCAAUCGAUGCUGCUGCUGUGGUGAAUGUGGAUGUUUUGGACCCUUCUACUAGGCCCUAUCAAUUGGACUGUUCACAAGACAAACCAAUUUAAUAACCAUUUUAUUCUGUAUGCUUGCGUAGGAACACGGCGGACAUUUUUUUUCGGUUUUUUUUU